CCCUGUCUCCACAUACAAACAGGGCACAGAACCUGUUUCAGAGGAUUAUUUAUUUAUUUUUGUUUCCACCUUCGAUUUAUCCGCACUCACAUUCCCGCUUCUUCUCCUUCGCGAACAAAACCCUAACAAUUCUCUGUCUCUCUGUCUCUCUCUCUCUCAAUAUCAGUUUGUUCGUGAAUUGAUCUCCUUGCCAGGAAGAGGAGUAGGGGACCAAGGAAUUCAACAAUGCUGCCGUAUCAGACUUUACAAGAAGCAGAGGUAGCUCUGGGCAGAGAGUUGACAUUCGCCGAGAAGCUAUGGUUCAAAUACUCCGCCCAGAAGUCCGAUUACUACCUAUACUGUCACAAUAUUCUCUUCUUGUGCUGCAUUUUCUCUUUGGUUCCUCUGCCAUUGGCUUUCAUAGAGCUGAAGCUAUCCAAGAACUUCGAUAAGUACAAGAUUCAGCCCAAAGUGAGGUUAUCUAUUUCCGACAUGGUUAGAUGCUACAAAGAAGUCAUGCGCAUGUUCAUACUUGUCGUCGGUCCUCUGCAACUCGUCUCUUAUCCGAUUGUGAAGAUGGUUGGAAUCAGGACGGGUUUGCCGUUGCCAUCGGGUUGGGAAAUUGUUCUGCAGCUGUUAGUGUAUGUUAUUGUUGAGGAUUUUGGGAAUUACUGGAUCCAUCGCUGGCUACACUGUAAAUGGGGAUAUGAAAAAAUUCACUGCGUCCACCACGAGUUUACUGCUCCAAUUGGUUUCGCUGCUCCUUACGCUCAUUGGGCUGAGAUUUUGGUCCUCGGUAUUCCUUCGUUUGUUGGACCGGCGAUGGUUCCCGGGCACAUGAUUACAUUUUGGCUGUGGAUGGCUCUGCGGCAGAUAGAGGCUAUUGACACGCACAGUGGGUAUGACUUCCCUUGGAGUGCCACAAAGUAUAUCCCCUUCUAUGGAGGUGCGGAGUACCAUGAUUACCACCAUUAUGUUGGGGGUCAAAGCCAAAGCAACUUUGCUUCAGUGUUCACCUACUGCGACUACAUCUAUGGAACUGAUAAGGGCUAUCGGUUUCAGAAGAAGCACCUUGGACAGUUGAAGGAGAAAUGGACAAAUGGUACUGAACGAGAGUACAAAUCGGAGUAGGUGUGGAACUUCAGUACUCACUGCAUCAUGGUUCUCAUCAUAGCAUGAAUUUUCUUCAACCUCAUUUUCUCAAGUUGACUUCCUUCCAUAUCUGAAUUUAGAAGUCAAACAAACCAUCAUCUCCCAUUGUUAAGACCGGGUAGGGAGUGUAGAAAUUUUUUUUUUUUCCUUUUGUUUGGGGUGGUGGGGAACUAACAGCUGUUGGUUCAAUGUUGUGACAAGGUGUAGGGGAAGGUUUUUCUCGUGUGUAAUUUUAGAGUUAAAUUAUGUUGCUGUAUUCAAAUUUCUAUGAUUGAUAUUGAUCGGAUCAAAAUUUUAAA